CCCACCUCUUUCCCUCUCUUUCUCUUUCUAGAUUGUCUACUUUUCAACUGUUUCUUUCCCUAUUAACUUCUCCUCUCCUUCUGAAUUGGAGCACUGAAUGUAAAGACGAAGUGAUCUCGCAUAGUGUUUGCGAAGGCAUUGCUUGAUGUUUGUGUUGACUCUUAAUCUGAUUAGAAGGGGUGAUGAAGACUCCUGUUUACGAUGGAUUUAUACAGUUGACUCAAAUGGUCGGUUUACUGACCUAGGAGGACUCAUUUCUCACGGUUAAACGCCGCUAUAUUGUGAUCGAGUUUUAACAAUGGCUGUGGCCGGUAUGCAUAAUGUAUCUGCUUUUGGUCCCUUCUUUCUGGACUCCCAAACUAGUGUGUCGAGGCAGUGGAGUGAUGAGCCUGGCACCCGUGCAUCUUCUCUUCUUAAGAUGUGGCGAGAGCUCGAGGGUGACCACGUGGCUAGCCCUUCUUAUAGGUCAAGGGGACAGAGAAUUGCGCGAAGGAGUGAUAAUGAGCACGAAUGUGAUAUCUCAGAAGAUGCUUAUGAUACCGAGGCUCCAGCAGUUAGAGGUUCGGAGAUAGACCAUGAUGAUAACAAUAGUAUCGUAUCUGGACAAUCAAGUGACUUGGGAGAAUUAGAACGAGCAAGAGUGAGACAGAUAUUUCAAGAAUGGAUGAACAGUGGUUCCAUUGGCCGUUCGCCUAAUGGUUUCCAUCUAAGUAACUGUUCAGGGCCACAAUGGCUUGGUAAGAAUGAUACUGAAAGAGUGAGAUUUAUCAGAGAAUGGGGGCAGACGAAUUCCCAGCAGAGAAACAAUCAGGCAUUGGUCAGAGAUGGAGGUGCUGAGGUCGUUUCUCGUAUUGAGCAGGUGCGUGAAGGAAUGGCUGUCUCCCAUUGUGAGACUACUGCAUGUCGGCCCAUUCGCAGAUUAUGCGGCAGACAAACUCUGCUUGAACUUCUCCAGAGGGCUCAGUGUGAGAGGAAGGCAGAGCUUCAGGGUCUGUUGGAGCACAGGCCCGUGUCGAAUUUCACCCACCGCAAUCGCAUACAGGCUUUGCUUAGGGGUAGAUUCUUAAGAAACGAAACAAUGAUACCAGACAUCAGACCAUCUUCUGUAGCUGCAAGAGAACUGGGUUUGCUAAGGCAACAGCAUACUGUCUCUGGCCUCAGGGAAGGAUUCCUUUCUAAAUUGGAAAAAUCUGCUUCCACUUCAACAAGCAGUACUGAAUCUGAUUCUUGGUUGAGUGAUCAAAACCAUUCUAAAUUAGAGUCUACAUUUCAAGAAAGAGAAAUAGCCACAAAUUCUGCAAUACCUGACCUGGAAAGUGAUGCGGAUAGACAUGGGAAUCUACCGGAAUUUGGAAGAGAAGUUACUGCAGUUGGGAAACAAGCUAUGCACGAUUCGGGUAAUGAGGAAGAUGUUUCUUCUGGAAAUAAGGGGCAUGUGCAAGAAGUAUCUUCGUACAUUGAUGUCAGUCAGCGAGAUGUUCCGUGUGAUGUUGGAAGUGUUGAUACCACAGAGGGCAAAGUUUUGGAGGGCAAGGCUACUGAGCAAAUGUCCACUGCCGAGGGAGCUGGUAUUAUCAGAGGCAGAGGAGAGAUAACUGUAACCAUAAGCAACGAAAUUUCACUAGAAACUGACACACUACACUCUCUUUAUGAAUCGGGAAGUGGUGUGAGUUAUGACGAGGAAACUGCGGCACAUACUGUUGACUUGGAAGGAAAUGUGGACGAGCAAUUUGAUAGGCCAGUUGAUUCUGCGACCGACAUUGAAGAAUGGGUGGACACGAGCGGAGAAUCAAUGGCCAGAAUCUGGCAGGAAACCUCCUGUAACGAGUAGUUACGAGACACAUCUGAUAACAAUGCUGCAGAGCAAGAUCAGAUGCAAGAAUCACAUGAUGACUGGCCAAACCACGACUUACAGGAGGCUAUCGAUAGUUGGCUGGCUAUACCUUCUGGAGAGGUUGGUGAUUCUGUUGGAAGGCUAAAUGCGUUCUAUUACUCUGAUGACAACAAUGUACACAGUAUUGAACUUGGAGAACUUUUCAGCCGGAGACACGUCUCUGGUCUUCUUCGAAGUGGUUUCCGUGAGACCCUUGACCAGGUGCUACAAUCUCACGUGGAAAGGCAAGGUCACACUUCUGCUGAGUGGGAACUGGAGAAUGAAUCUUCUUCUCCUAGCCUAGUUGAUCAAGACCAGCGACAGCAACCAAAUGGUGAUUGAGCUAUGGAGGCUGCAGAAAGAAAUUCAUUUGAUCCAGCUUCUUCCUUCGUAUCCACUCCCCAGCCACUCUGGGACGAGAAAAUGCAGGGGGCAAGCUUGCCUCAAUGCAGCUUGAGUCAGCAUUUUGGAACGGAGUGGGAGGUGGUGAAUGAGUUGAGAAACAACAUGGCCAGGCUUCAGCAAAGGUUAAACAACAUGCAAAGCAUGCUGGAACAGUGCAUGGACAUGCAAAUUGAGCUGCAACGGUCAGUGCAGCAAGAGGUUUCUGCUGCUUUAAAUCACUCAUUCUUAACA